GAUUUCAACUCGUGAUCCAUACUGAUAUAUUCUUCCAUUAGGAUGUAGUAAUGCUGCAGCUGCUCCAGAACCGCUUAACGAUAGCACGAUGUUAUUCUACGCUGACGAUAAAUGCAAUUCAGAUAAAAAUCGUGGUGCUUAUUGGCGGUAGAACUCGAAGAAGGAACUUCAUUGUAAAGCAGAAAAAAGGAGAUACCUUGAAAUUGAUAACUCUAACCGCACGAUCGAUCGUCAUAUCAACUCGGAUUCUAUUAUGAAGUCUCAAGGAAAUGGUUCCAUGCGUCGUAGCGACUAUGGCAGCAUCGGUAUCAUGUUCUCUCCAAUUUUCUGCGUAGACACACGUUUCUUCGUAAUACGAUUCUAUGAGGUGUUGACAACGCGCGAAGAAUCAGAAUCGACGCACGUACAAGGGUCGCUUAUGGCACUCGAAGAUGUCGCAACAAAUAAUAAAAAGGAUGAUAACAAAACUCGAGAUACUACUCUUCGACUAGUAAUAGUGGUAAUGCGGCAUGGAGAACGGGCACCGCAGGAUACCUACCCAAAUGAUCCUCACAUCAACAAUACGAUGGAAUCUUAUGGUUGGGGUCAACUAACAAAUGAAGGAAGAAGAAGUCAGUACAAUCAAGGCCUCUACCUACGAGAUCGUUAUGAUGACUUUUUGGGUCAAAUAUAUAGUCCAAAUAUAUUUCAUUUACAAUCUACUGCAGUUGAUCGUACAAAAAUGUCUGCACUGCUAGAAGCAGCGGCUUUGUGGAAACCAAACGAAAAGCAAUCUUUCAAGCCUGAUUUACCAUGGCAGCCAGUCACUUUAUUUUAUCAACCGCGAUCAGAAGAUACGUUGAUGUUAAUAUGGGACUCUUGUCCGAAGUAUACUAAGCUACGGCACACAAUAAUGAGUUUACCAGAGGUUCAAAAAGUUCAAGAUGAUAACAAGCAAUUGUACGAGGAAUUGACGAACUUAACGGGUAUGGUAAUUUCAACUCCCGAUGACGUCGGUUCACUUUAUGGAACAUUAACAGCAGAGAAACAAAUGAACUUAAGUCUUCCUGACUGGACUAAAGAUUAUUAUCCCGAUAAAUUGAUACCACUUACAAUGUACGACUUUCGACUUAACGUGUUCAAUGAUCUUCUUAGAAGACUCAAGGGGGGACCUUUUCUAAAAAAGAUUGUUACUGAUAUGUUGGCAAAGAAGGAUAAUACUUUAGAACCCGAAGAAAGAAAAAUGUUCAUGUACAUCGGGCAUGACAGUACCAUUGUAACAUUGUUAGAUGUUAUGCAUGUAUGGAACAACCAAAUGCCACAUUAUAAUAUCAUGACUAUAAUCGAAUUACAUGAAAACAAAGAUGGAUGGAAUGUUCAGAUAUUGUUAAAAAACUCAACCGAUCAUGAACCAUAUUCUCUGACUAUACCAGGAUGUACGACAAUUUGUCCCCUUGAAAAAUUUGUACAGAUCUUGAAACCAAUGAUACCAGACGACUGGGAAGAAGAAUGCAAAGUUGAGAGGGGCUAUACGCUCCCACCUGCUCCACUUCCUUGAUUAUAAUUAUUUCAUAAAUUAAGCAAUAUAUUAUGUGAUUUAUAUAAUUUCUUAUUAUAUUAAUACAGGAUAUUAAAUAAAGUCAAACAUAAUACAUAUUAACGAAAGAGAAAUGAUACUAGAAUCCUACUUCG